CAUUCCGCGCAUUUUCACCAUCCACUACGCACCGGCGUUGUUUGGCGCGCUGGCGUCUCCCGAGUCGUUCGCGUCGUUUGUUUCGUUCAAUUGUUCUUAGCAAAUUCCAUGUGCAUUUGAUAGUUGAGAAACGGAAACAUGGGCGACAAAGGUGACGCAGGUGAGUGCGAUAAUUUCUCUCGCAAAUCGAAGACUUCAUUGGCAUCGCGAUCGAGUGUGGAUCUGCAUGAUUCCAAGCCGGCACUAUGCUCUGCAGAAACGUUCGACGAUGCGGUGGAGGAGCGCGUUAUCAACGAGGAGUACAAGAUAUGGAAGAAGAACACGCCGUUUCUGUACGAUCUGGUAAUGACGCAUGCAUUGGAAUGGCCCUCGCUGACCGCGCAGUGGCUGCCGGACGUCACCAGGCCGGAAGGUAAGGACCACUCCAUCCAUCGGCUCAUCCUCGGCACGCACACCUCCGAUGAGCAGAACCACCUGCUCAUCGCCAGCGUUCAGCUGCCCAACGAGGACGCGCAAUUCGACGCAUCGCACUACGACAACGAGAAGGGCGAAUUCGGUGGCUUCGGCUCCGUCAGCGGGAAGAUCGAAAUUGAAAUCAAGAUAAACCAUGAGGGGGAAGUCAACCGCGCUCGCUUCAUGCCACAGAAUCCAUGCGUGAUCGCCACAAAAACACCAUCCAGUGAUGUGCUGGUGUUUGAUUAUACCAAACACCCGAGCAAACCGGACCCAGCUGGCGAAUGCCAUCCGGAUCUGCGUCUGCGUGGCCACCAAAAAGAAGGCUACGGUUUGUCGUGGAAUCCAAACCUCAACGGCUAUUUAUUGUCGGCCAGUGAUGACCACACAAUUUGCCUCUGGGACAUCAACGCGACUCCGAAAGAAGACCGCGUGAUUGAUGCGCGCACGAUCUUCACGGGACACACAGCUGUCGUCGAAGAUGUCGCCUGGCAUUUACUGCAUGAGAGUUUGUUCGGCUCCGUUGCCGAUGACCAGAAACUGAUGAUCUGGGACACGCGCUGCAACAACACCAGCAAGCCCUCGCACACUGUCGACGCACACACCGCCGAGGUCAACUGUCUCAGCUUUAAUCCUUACUCAGAGUUUAUUCUGGCGACUGGGUCAGCCGAUAAGACUGUCGCGCUGUGGGAUCUGCGAAAUUUGAAGCUGAAGCUGCACAGUUUCGAGUCGCAUAAGGAUGAGAUCUUCCAGGUGCAAUGGUCGCCGCACAACGAGACGAUUCUGGCGUCGUCUGGUACGGACAGGCGCUUGCAUGUGUGGGAUUUGAGCAAAAUCGGCGAGAUGCAGACGCCGGAAGACAACGAAGAUGGGCCACCAGAGUUGUUGUUCAUUCACGGUGGACACACUGCGAAAAUAUCCGAUUUUAGCUGGAAUCCAAACGAACCCUGGGUGAUAUGCUCCGUGUCCGAAGACAACAUAAUGCAAGUGUGGCAAAUGGCCGAAAACGUUUAUAAUGACGAUGACGGUGAGAUGGCCAUCUCGGAUGCCGAGACCCCCUCUACCAACUAAUUCCUAUAUCCUCAUAAUCCUAUCUAUUUUUCCACUUUUUUUAGUUGGUUUCCAAUCAGUAUGGUUGGUGUUGUCGUCUAUGAUGCGUAGUAUGUCGGCGCAGGCAACGAGUCAGUGAUUACGCGCCCGAUCCAAUUUAAGAUCGGCCGCGCGCGCGCGCGUCGUAUGGUUCCAUUUUGAUGUAGUUUUUCUUUCUCUUUUAUUAUAUUUAAGCGCAUUGCAUUAGUUGCUCCCGUUGGACAACGUUCGUUUCAACUAGAGUUUAUUGUUUAAUAGUUAAUGACAAAUUUAUAUCACUUAAUUAAGAAUUUGGAACAUCGAUCUUGGUUGAUAGAAAUCACUGAUUACGUAUACUUGCAACUAUUAUGUUUAUACUAAGUUAAGGAUUAUAAUCGCAACGCUGAGAACGAAACACUGUUAAUUUCCAGAAACUACUUAAGUCCAUAAUUUUGUGAAAAAAAAAACAACAAACAAACAAA